CGAAUCCAGCGACGGUCCUUCAUAUCUCCUCAGUUCAAACAAUUGGAGAAUCCACUAUGUCUGUCCUGAACCUGGCGACAUCCCCACCUGCGCCGUACCACAACCUAACCGGAGCCAUCGGGGCUUCGGGUGAUCUUCUGAAGGAUCUGGAGGGUAAACUUGGGAUUUUUUUCGCAUUUCCUGAUCUAAGCGUCCGCACUGAGGGAACUUAUACCUUGAGGUUUUCCUUUACAUUACUACCUGAACCUCCAGUCAUGACCUCCUCAGUUGUGGCAACUGUGUUUUCUGCGCCUUUUGAGAUCUAUCCAGCCAAAAAGUUUCCUGGAAUGAGCAAAUCAACACCUCUUUCAAAAAAGCUGUUUGACCAAGGUGUUAGAAUUCCACUUCGCAAGAAGACGAGAAUUGAUCGAACAAAGCAGCUAGUCGAAACUGUGGACAUUCCAGACGAGAUGGAGGAUGAAGAUUCCGUUGAUCACAAUUCGGUGAUUCGAGUCGAUAUCUUUGGGUCUUUUUAUGUCACCAUUCGCUACGGUUAUUCCUCGCACCCUAUGGACGAUGCUCAUCGCAUUGUCGAGCGAGAGAUACUAAAGCUUGGGACCCAGACGAACUUGGCUCUUUACCUGGACGGCAUUCCUUCGGAAGAAAAGGACUCACUCAAGUGCACCGAAAGAACCUUCGCAAGAAAGCUGUUAACUGCGCCGACAAAUGUCUGCGUGAGCUCGAGGUUUGCGUGGAAACAAUGGAGGAUCGUCGAGCGCCCGAUCGAGGCAGAUCUCACGAUAGACCUUGAAUGCAAGCCUGGCGACAUCGCUGUAUCAAAAGAUAGUGACAUGCUUAUGUACAAGAAUGUCGAGACCAUUUGGCGACUCAUCUCAAAAGGAAAACUCCUUGUGUACAACGUCCCAAGCGUCUAUGCGGUUUUAGAUCUCAUCCGGGUCCAGUUUACUACUCGGCGGCACAAGUUUUCGCAGACCUUCAAUAGGUAUCGCACGAUCAAUCACCCUGCUCCCCGUCAGGCAGAGGCUGGAAGUGAGCUGAGCCCCGCCCAGCCUCGUAUCAAACCUCCGCAACACCGACCGCGACAUUGCAAGAAGAAGAAGAAGAAGAAGAAAAAGAAAAAGAAGACUACGCCAAAGCCAGUAAGCGCCUCGACAGGAAAGGCUGACUUGGUUCGAGUUAUGAAUUGGGAACAUCCGACAGUGACCCUCAAUGUCGGAGAGUCGGAAUUGAUAUCCGAAAUCAAGGGGUGUCUCCAGGAUAUUGCUCGGGUUGCAUCUGACACCAAGCGACAGGGGCAGCAACUCAUCGGGUGGUUCAUUGAGAGUCCCUUUUCUUCACGCGAGCCUGAUGCAACAGACAGAAAUAUAUUGCGCAACAUCUGUCCAUGUGUCUCGUCCAAGGUCAAAGUCGAGGGAGAGGUCGAUGUGGGUGACCAUGAUGAACAGGAGGAGGAGGAGAAGGAAGAAGAUAAGAGUGAUGAUGACCCGGCGCGCAAGGACUCAGACCACCUACGCUUCCAUACUGUGCUGCUCCAGCAUCUCUACACAGGCGACCCUCCCAUCGUGACGAAUGUAGUUGCUAAGCGCGUUUAACAGCUCGUCGAUCGAGCAGCGAGCCUUGGGCCGCUGCAGAGAAGGAGCAAUAGAGCUGCAAGCUUGACCAGGAAGCCAUACUCUGCUGCGGCUUUACACCGCUCUAUUGCCUCACAGCUGUCCAGUGAAAUAAAAAAACAAUACAGAAGCAACAGCAAUGAGCCCGAGAAAAAGCUAAAGACUUUGGUCUCAUAUCAGAUGGAUCACGUACAGAAGUCGACCAAGGCAUCCCAGCAAUCGAGAAUUUCGUGCUUUUGAACCGGU